CUGGUGAGCACGGCAUAACGCAGCAGCGCUUCAUGGAGUAAGUGUUUAGAGAUGGAGGAACUGAAGCAGCGGGGACGCAAGAGAGAAGGCCGUCACAGAGACACCUGGGACCCGUUCCAGCUGAACCCGAUCGGAGCCGAGAAGGAGAAGAAAAGAGUAUGCUUUCGGAUCGGGCAGAACCUGGUGGCUGUUAUCGUGGGCCUGCUGGUGCUGGUCAGCGGGGUCAUGAGCAAGGGCUCUCUGCUGGUGUUGACCACCCUGACCAGUCCAGUGUCCUUGAGAAACAGCGUGGACAAACAGUUCUACACGCUCAUGUUGAUGUGUGUGCUGGUGAUGCCAAACCUGCUCAUGUUCCUGAAGUCUCUGUGGAAGUGUGUCUUCAAGAGCUAUGUGUCCCCUAACCCAAAGACGCUGGGAAUCAUGUGUGGGAUCGAGAGUCUGGUGGCAGUCGGGACGGCGAUACUGGUGCUCAUUGUGAUGCCGAAGCUGGAUGUCCUCACAAACCUCAGCAUCCCCGGAGGCAUCUGCAUCCUGUCAGCCCUGCUCCAGAUCGCCUUACGCUUGCAGACGCAGAGCUGGACGAUCAUCUACCCCAUAUGCUCCGUCAUCCUGGUGCUCAGCGGAUACGUUCUGCUGGUGAUCGACUACUACGUGAGAGAGUCCUCUUUUGUCCCAGGACAAGCAGACGGUUAUUACAUAUAUGUAGGCAUUGCGAUUUUUGCAUCCCUGCUGGUUUCCCUGAACUGGUGGGAGAACCCCUUUCAGGCCAGCACUAGGAUUCAGGAAAUGCUCACCGAGCUGGAAACGUUCAGAGACAGCGUUUAUCUGUUCACCAGCCUCAUUCGAAUAGCACUGACUCUGGGGGUGUACUUUCUGUACUACUGCCUGAUCGCUGAGACCCCCAUUGUUUGGGAUGAUUUCAGCAAAGCCAGUACAGGCACGAUAGAGAUAGGCAUUGGUUUGUUUUGCCUGCAGGCGUUCUGCUCUGCUGCGUGCCACUGGUUCGGAGUCGUGGCCUGCAAGAUCCACGCGGUCAGAUUCGGUUUCGCUCUCCCCGUGUCAUUAACGGGUCCAGCUACACUAAUCCUGGGCAUUAUACUGUUCAUGACGCAAGCUAAGGUUUUGGUCCCUUCACCUGAUACUAGUAUCUUAGAAGUACCCAGCAAAAACUUUACAAUUCAGACUCCUUUCUGGCCAUUUUGUCAUGAACUUGAAUCUCUCAAGGACCUGAAUAAAACCUUGGCUAUAAUGUUGGAAAUUUCCUAUAGUAUCUGUAAAACGUCCCUCAACAACCCGAACGCGAUGUGGCCUUUCUCCAUGCUGGCGCUGGAGGGGGUGUGCAUGUGGCUCGGCCUGGUCUCCUGCACGUAUUACGUCUGGAAAAUAAAGGUGCAGAGGAUCGAACGCACGUCACAACUUUUCGUCCGCCGUCUGUAUGAAUCCGCCUUCAUUGACCUCUCUAUGCUGCUGAACACGAAAAUGAAAGUGGUUCGUACGGCAAACAAGGAGAGUAACAGUGACAGUGACAUGGAAAACUGUGUCAUUUACCUGUGUGCAACAAUGUGGCAUGAGACAUACGAUGAGAUGCUGAAAAUCACGACUUCGAUGUUCAGACUGGACAGAUACCGAGGGGAUCCGAAGGAGGAACACAAGGACUGCUUUGACUUUGAGUGUCAUAUUUAUGUUGAUGAUGCCUUCAUGUAUGAAAACGACACCGAGACAAAGCUUGUCAACAUCUACGUCAGUGACCUCAUACAAGUAGUCAUGGAGGUGUACAGGGUUUUUACAAAUAAGGAGCCAGAUGAGGUUUCUAUCAUUGAAACACCAUAUGGUGGUCGUCUUGUGUUUGUCAUGCCAGAGGGAAACAUGCUUUACGUCCAUCUUAAAGACAAACAACUGAUUCGACACAAAAAGAGAUGGUCACAGAUCAUGUACCUCUAUUACCUGCUUGGAUGGAAAGGAUACAAUGUCAAAAACCCUCAGAAAAUAACAAGACAAAACAACCCGAGUCGUGCCAGUCUCAUAUCAUUAGAUGGUGAGAGCUACUUACUACCCUCUUCUGACAACGACAGCAAGAGGAGGCACAUCUCUGAUGAGAACACGUAUAUCAUGGCUCUGGAUGGAGACACAGACUUCCACCCCGCCGCUCUGAUUCUGCUGGUCGACCGGCUGAGGAUGUACGACACCGUGGGGGCAGCCUGUGGACGCAUACACCCCACUGGAAUGGGCCCAAUGGUGUGGUAUCAGAAGUUCGAGUACGCGGUGGGUCACUGGCUUCAGAAGACGGCGGAGCACGUGUUUGGCUCGGUUCUGUGCAGUCCAGGCUGUUUCAGUCUGUUCAGAGGAUCUGCACUGAUGGACGACAACGUCCUGAAGAGAUACACCACCAAAGCCACGCGCGCCUCUGAGUAUGUGCAGUACGAUCAAGGUGAGGACCGCUGGCUGUGCACUCUUCUCCUGCAGCAGGGCUGGCGCGUGGAGUAUAACGCCGCUUCAGAUGCUUACACCAACUCACCGCAAGAGUUCAAAGAGUUUUACAACCAGAGGCGUCGAUGGGGUCCUUCAACACUGGCCAACACCCUCGACCUGCUCCACCACGGGAAGGAAACAGUCCAGAGAAACUCUUCCAUUUCCAUCCUCUACAUCUUAUAUCAGACCUUCACUGUGGCUUCCUCCAUCCUGGGACCUGCCUCCGUCACCCUCAUGAUAGCAGGAGCGUUCCAAUUUGUGUUUGGGAUUGAAGGCACUCUUUCCAUAAUAAUUGGCGUUAUACCUCCAACUGUUUACAUGAUCAUAUGUUUUGUGGCCAAACCCAACUUCCAAAUCACCAUUGCUGCCAUUCUCAGUGUCAUAUACGCAUUCCUGAUGACUGCAUCCUUCUUCUCCAUUAUUGGUGACAUGGUUAAACAGGGGACAUUCAUAACCCCUACUGGACUCUUCCUGGUGUCUGGUGCGAUCAUGUACAUGGUGACAGCCAUCCUUCACCCUCAGGAGUGCACUUUGAUUAUCUACGGUCUGAUGUACUUCAUCUGCAUCCCCAGUGGAUAUCUCCUCCUCACCAUAUAUUCCCUAGUCAACAUGCACAAUGUCUCUUGGGGCACUCGAGAAACUAACAAGGCGAAGGAGCAGAAAAAGCAAGUGGGCAUUGUGUGCAAUCGCGACUGCAAAAUGUGCUGUUGGGACGUGAAAAUCCAAGUCACUCAGGAGACCGAGAGUCUAGUCCUUCAACAAUUUCAGCAAGCCAUCAAUCCAAACACACCAGCUGCCAAAACUGAGCCAGACGACCUAAAGGCUCAGAGCACCCAUGAAGUCCAGAACAGCGAAGAUGCCAACAAACACAUCCAGGACGACCUUGAGGAGAUGAUUAAUAAGAAGAACAAGUCCAAAGAGAAUCUCGACAGGGUCUACGAGGAAAUAGACGCUAGUUCUGACAGAAGUGGGAGUCCCAAAGGUGAGAGAAAAAACGACCAAUUUAAUGAUGAAACAGACUUUGAUGAUGACGACGACGAUGAUGAUGAUGAUGAUGAUGACAGUGAUUACGAUACUCUGGAGCCAAAAGAAGCUGUGCCCGAGAGUGACUGGGUGGAGCCCGUCAAGAGAGAGUUCCUGAAGAAACUGACGUACGCCAAUCUGAAGAGAAACCUUCAGGAGCAGAUCCGCUACACACUGAGAAACAAGAACAAGGAGGAUCUGUGCGAGGAACUGGUGUCGAUCCUCAGCGACACCCUGAACGAGGAGCUGAGGGAUAAAGUGGGUCCUGAGGACAUCUUGAGUAUGAGUCAGCUGGAGGAACUGCAGUAUGCUCUGAACGAAGUCGCCCGGCGCAUCGUGAAGUCCAACCGCAUCGAGAACGGAGCGCAGAGACUGGAGAGGCGUGUCAAGAGGGCAAUCGAAAGGACACUUGUGGCUCCACAGGUUGAUAAGCUAUCUGAGGAUGAACAUGAUUUCUGGAAUAAACUGAUAGAGCGUUAUCUUCUACCCAUACAAGAUGACAAAGCUCACCUCGAGGAAGUGACACGGGAGCUCAAGUCCCUAAGGAACAAGGCAGUGUUUUUGUACUUCAUAGUUAACGUCCUCUGGGUGGUAGCUACGUUCUUCCUUCAGGCCAUUGGCACUGAUGUUCUGAGCAUCAAUAUUCCCAAGUACUAUCCCAACGGUACUGAAGCACCAGACCCCUUGAGAGUGGAGCCCUUGAGCCUGAUGUUUCUGCUGUCCUUCGCCGUUCUGCUCAUCGUUCAGUUCUUGGCUAUGCUUUACCACAGAGUGUACACCCUCAUCCAUGUGGUGUCGUACAGAAGCUCAGAGAAAAACUACAAAGAAAAGGAUGAGGAGGAUGAAGAUGAGGGAUUGAUCCUGGGGAAUCCCCAAAAUCUUACCGUCACCGCUGACGACUUGUGAAACUGUUGCGAAACGCUGAUUCUUUUGCUCCUAGUUAGUAAACUUAGUUAAAAAUUAAUGAUUUAUCAUACAUAAAAUAAUAAUAAAUGAAUCCAGACUUACACCACAGCACUCCACAGCAAUAGAAACUGGAGCUGGGAUUGGUUUACUGUAGAUUACUGCACCCAAUAACAUUUUUUAAGUAUUGUUUGAAUAAUGUUUGAUCACCUGCUAGUUUAUCUGUGUUACUGUAUUUAUAAAAUUAAUAAAUUAUAAAUUAUUUACAAGUUA